UGGCCACGCCGGUCAUCACGCCCUAGCUGCCCGCCCACGGGCCUCAUUGCCAAGGGCUCGCCUGGGCAGCCGGCGACACCUUGCAGACUACAAAUCCCGGCGUGCAACGUUCCCCCAGGGGCGGGGAUAGCCCAAAGUCCCAGCAUGCAGCGGUGCCCUGGCUGGGCAGAAGUCCUCCUGCCUGUAUCCCCGCUGCUCGCUUCCCGUAUUACGUAACAGCGGGGCACCACUCAGGCCUGGUUCCAAACCCGGAAGUGCUAGGGGGAGGGCAGCGGAAAGUCUGAACCCUCCCCUAGUAACCGCUGCAGGGCGCCCUUAGCAGCGGCGGCCAUGCCGGUCUGGGUGCGCGAUUACAGCUGGCGGCAGACGGACACUGCUGUUUUCCUCUCCCUGCCGAUGCGGGGUGUCCGGGUCACCCAGGCAAACAUCUUCUGUACUGACCAAUAUCUGAAGGUAAAUGUUCCUCCAUUUUUAUUUGAAGCCAUUCUGUAUGCUCCUAUUGAUGACACUAGUAGUACAGCAAAGAUCAGAAAUGAGACCAUUUUCUUCACUUUAUAUAAAAAAGAAGUGGCCAUGUGGGAAUCCCUGGUUAUGGAAAACGGUGACAAAGAGAAAAUGCAGAGAAUAAGGGAGAAUGCUAUAAUAAAAGCCCAAGAGAAGGCAGAUGAAGAGGAAAAAUCAAAAGCUAUUACAAAACGAGAACAUAAAAAAUAUGCUCUGGAGGCCACAAUGAAGCUAGAAGAAACGGAGAGAAAAAGAAUUGAAAAUCUGAAAGAGGAGGAGCGAAAGAAGGUCACUGAGGAGCUGGAGAGAUGGAAAGAAAAGCAGAGAAAUGAGGAGAAAGAAAGAAGGAUACAAAGAGAAGAGGAAAUACGCAGAGAAAGGAAACUAAUAGAGGAGAAGAAAAAGCAAGAAAUAAAUAAAGCUAAAACUCUAAAUGCAGGAACUUCCAAGACUAGAAGUAUAUCUACAAGAGGUGCUUGUAGUUCUGAAAAUAUAUUUUCAGGGAAGUUAAAAGAAGAAUCUUUCCCUGCUCCUCGAUCUGCUGGUACUAUUAAAAUUAGUUUCACAUCUCGAGUGUUUCCUACAGCUCUCAGAGAAUCCCGAGUAGCAGAAGAGGAAGAGUGGCUGCAUAAGCAAGCAGAGGCUCGUAGAGCAAUGAAUGCUAAUUUUUCUGAGCUGAAGGAUUUAAAUGAGGAGGAGAAGAACCCAGACUGGUUGAAGGACAAAGGAAACAAAAUGUUUGCCACAGGAAACUAUCUUGCAGCUGUAAAUGCCUAUAACCUGGCAAUUCUGUUAAAUAAUAAGAUUCCAGUACUGUAUCUGAAUCGUGCUGCUUGUCACCUUAAAUUGAGAAACUUGCACAAGACCAUUGAAGAUUCAUCUAAGGCACUAGAAUUACUGAUACCACCUGUUUCAGACAAUGCUGAUGCUAGAGUGAAAGCUUAUGUGAGGCGUGGGACAGCAUUUUGUCAGCUGGAGUUGUAUGCUGAAGGUCUCCAGGAUUAUGAAGCUGCUCUCAAGAUCGAUCCUACAAAUAAAACUUUAGAACAAGAUGCUGAGAAGAUUGAACAUAUAAUUCAUGGAACUGCACAAGAUUCUUAACAAAGGCUAGAAUCAGCAUGGUGGUGUAUUUAACAGGUUGGAAUCUGGAAAACCCUUAUUUUAAAUUCUGCCUGAGCCAGUGAAGUCACCAGACAUUUUUGUUCUGCGCUCAUCCCAAUUAUAAAAUUGGGUAAAAGAGAAGAUACUUCUCAUAAGAACUACUAUAACUUGGGUAAAUAUAGUGCAGAAAGAGAAGUAAAUAAUACACAUUUUAUUUUCUUACCUGUUUCCAAAAUUGUCAUUUGUUUUUUUUGUAUGAAAUAUUGGCUAACCUGAAUAACAGAACAUACUUUACUAUAUUUAAUUUCAAAUCUGUUAUUAAGUAAACAAAUGUAGUCUCAUGGAUUUUUAAAACAACUUCAGUGGUUAGUCAACAUUAUUAACUAUGUUCAUAGUUCUGCUACCAAAGUUAAAGUGCUAAUGUAGAAAGGAACAGCCAUCAGAACUGUUGUGGAAUCAGAAGUCAUCCAAUUAGAAAUAUUUCACAUAGGACUAGAAAUUAAAUAAUGCUCAUAUUGUAUACGAAUUUGCCCAAACAAACAACCCUAAAACACUUCCUUAAAAAACUGGAGCCAAAAUAUUCAAAUAUGAUGCGGUGAACUUUAAAGGCCUGAUUUUUCAGUUGCUCAGCACUAGCGGCUCCCAUUGAAGACAAAGUUAUCAAAACUUGGUGCCUCUCAAAAUCAGGCUAUGUAUUUAGGUGUCUAAUUUUGAAUUUAGGUGCUUAAUAUCAGGCAUACGACUUGGGAAAUCUUGGUCUGGAGAAGGGUUAAUAUAAUCUUUGUAAAAUGCAGUGAAAUGUUAUUUGAGUAUUAAGCAAUGUAUAUUAAAUGUUUCUAACCCAUUCAAAAAGAUUUGACAUAUAUUGAUUGAACUGACCGAACAGUUAUGAUGCAAUUGUAAUUUUGUCAGUAGUAAUGCAUUUUAAAUGAAAAACAGCAAGCCUGCUGUUGGCUAAAUACAUCUGUAAAUCUUUUAUUUCAUAAUGGCAUUAAUUUUGUUAUAAAGUGUCCUAUUAAUGAUCACUUAAACCUGCCAGAAUCUUAAGGUACAUCUACACAGCAAUUAAGCACCUGCGGCUUGCCUGGGUCAGCUGACUUGGGGUUCCAGGGCUUGAGCUGUGGGGCUCUAAAAUUGCUGUAUAGAUGUUUGGGCUUGGGUUGGAGCCUGGGCUCUGGGAGGAGAUAAGUACAUGUGGUUGUGGGAUUGUUGUGGAUAACAGGAUAGGCGCUUACCUGGCCCUGUUUGAGAUUAGGAAGCCCAACAAAAUAUGACUACCUUCCCAAACAAAACCAAGUUGGGCAGCCCUAGAGAUGAGGAAAAGAGGAGAAGCUGAGAA